AUGGCGCUUCGUAUGAACCAUGUAAGGUUUCUUCUUAUCCUCAUUGUGGUUGCUUUCGUGGCCGGAGAAAGUUUUACGGUGAAGCAAGAUUCAGCAAAGGGAGAUGUAAUUUGGGAAGAAGUAUUUCACGGGGAUUAUGGUUCUUGGAGCCCGACUCCAAAAAUUCCAAGACGUAGUCCAGCACCUAUUCCUCAUGAUGAUUUUGCACCACCACGUAGGUUGAAAGCGUAA